AUGCUCCACAGUGGGACUCCUCAAGGAUCACCAUUAUCACCAUUACUUUAUAUUAUUUACACAUCCGACUCGAUGAAUGGAAUACCACCACAUACAGAACAUGGUCUCUUCGCCGAUGAUACUGCAUUAUGGACAGGUUCGCAUCAACUUAAAAACUUAAAUGAUAGACUUCAACAAUCAAUAAACGAGUUUGAAAAGUGGUGCAAAGCAUGGAAACUGAAGCUACAACCGACGAAGACAGAACUAGUACAUUUUAGCAUCCAUCCACGAAAGAAAUAUGAUAACCCAAUACAAGUUACAGUUGAAAACACUAUCGUUCACCCAGUUUCUUCUACCAGAUAUUUAGGUGUUAUCAUCGACAAUCGACUUAGUUGGAGAACACACUUGAAACACAUCGAAACCAAGGUAGCGGCUCGAAUUAGUUUAUUACGUUUUCUCAACCGAGCAGCGGUGGACCCAAACGACAAAAUUAUGAUCAACUUAUAUAAAUCACUUGUUAGAACGGUCAUCGUUUAUGGUUAUCCAGUAUUACUUACGACCGACACCAAAAUAUGGGACCGUAUUCAAAUUAUUCAAAACAAAGCACUUCGUGCAGCAUUAGGACUACCGCAUUAUACGUCUGUCGAUUACAUUCAUAGAAUAGCUAAUAUACCAAAAAUAAACGAUUAUGCGAAGACAUUGCUUCAACGAGCAACUUCAACUGCAUUAUCGAAUAAUGACACUACGUAUCACCAAGCACUACAAGAAAUACUGCAAGCAAUAUGA